AUAAAUGUAACCCUUUUCGCAAGGUUCAAGAUAGAAUCCUUGUACUUUUUUUUAUUCCGAUUUAAGAAAUUACAUUAAAAUGUUUCAAUAUACCGAAUCUACAGGCUUUGUGAGAAAUAAUCCAUAUUCUCGGACUGCGAUGUAUUAUUGAUCGUUAAGUGUCUUUAGUUGGGCUAAAAACCAGUGAGGAUGAACUGCAAAGAACUCGUAAAGGAAGUCACAAGACUCCUGGAUGAGUUUCAAGAAGACAAACAAUGUAUUGACGAGUUUACACAGGAGGCUGUCAAGGAUCUUAAGAAUCUUUCCUCUGCUGACCAGGACUUUAUUAUUGAUACUUUGUAUGGAUGUAUCACGCACAAAAGGUUUUUGGAGGUGGUGGUCAACAUCUUCUACAUUCACUAUGGGGAUAUUUUACUCAGAGUGGACCGAAACCUGUUCAUUGUUGUCUGUUAUCUUGCAAUAUUCUGUCUUGAUGACCUGGGAAUGGAGCAUUUUAGCAGAAUUAUCAAGUCUCUAGACGCCUCAAAAAUGCACAAAUUCCUCAGUUUUUUCUUUAGCGCCAACAACCUCACCACCCACAUCCAGGAGGAAUGGAGUCACAUCUAUGAUGCUGCCAUUGUAAAGAGUAACUGGAUCACCCCAUUGAUCAGAUGGUGCAGUGAGAUUGAUCUAUUGUUGGAUCAACUUGCCAAAAAAAUGGGCAAAGGAAGUCUGCCGAAGAAAUCUUCCAGAAAAAGCACAGAACCCAGGGAAUUUGAUCUGACCAAGCCCAAAGUUCGACCACUCCCUGCUCCUGAAGUCAUUCCAAAGCAGGACAAGCCCAAGCCGGUGCCAGCCAGCACUCACAGAUCUCCAAAAGAACCAGAGAUUCUGGAUGAAAUAAAACAGAGCAACCAAAAGAAAGCACUAGAAGUCCUAAAUGAAGCAAACUCACAGCAGUUCAAAUGUGCAAACCCACAGAAGUCUAAGAAAACUCAGAAUGUGAUAUCCCAGAUUCUUCAAAGCCGUGAUGGAGAACUCAAAUUUGACAAGCUUUAUGCUUCUGGGAGCCCUGCCACCCAAAAGACAAACAGCUUACCGGUCAGACUGAACACAACAGCCAUCCUGCGCGAGGGAGCUUUGUAUAAUCGUCAGUUGGAAGAAGAACUGAAAAGAUUAGAGCAUUUGUCGCAGGGUGCAAGCGAGCCGUCUGCGUACCUGCAGUGGCAGAAGGAGAUGAGAGAGAAGGAUCUUCAAGAAGAACUAGCUGAACUGGAGCGCCGGCGACUGGAGGGGCGGAUCAGCCAUGAAGAGGCAGUGCUCGCACGAGAACGUGUCCUGGAGCGUAACCACCAUAAAGCUCAGCAGACUAAGGAGGAGACUGCGGAGCUCAUGCACAGAUAUGCAGAGAAGCGUCUGCAGGAGGAGAAGGAAAUGAGGGAUUUGGUGCAGCAAGUGGCUGAUGGUCACAAGAACUCCAAAGCCGCCAAAGCUAAGCUACAACAAAUCAAACAACGCAUAGUUAAGGAGGUCUCAGAGCAGAACAGGGAACUUCUCAGCCAGGCCCUGGAGGAUGCCCAAGCAGAGCUCAGGAGGAAGAUGGAGCUCAUAUGUCAGAUUCGUGCUUUUGAGUCAAUGCCUAUGGUCAGACAAAAGCUUGUGGAUGAUACAGAGCCUGCCGGUCAUGACUUGCUGUGUGAGAUGUCUCUGGCAGAGCUGCGAGAGCGACUGACACUGUUGAGAGAGUCAGAGAUGUGUAAGCUUGAGGAGAGGAGACAGCGAAUCCUGGAGGAGAAACAAGUCAAAGAACAGCUUCUGCUAGAGCAGCUGGACAACAUCGCUCUGCGCAGAAGUCUGGCAGAACAGGCCACUGCACGCAGUCAAGAGGAGAAGAGGUUGAGAAGUGAACUGCGGCAGGCGGUCAAUAAAGAUGAGAGAGUGCUGGCCCUUCAGAAGACCCUACAGCAGAAACAACAGGAAAAACACAAGAGGAAGACUGAAAAGAACAGUAUGAAGAGAAAUGAGCUGGUGCGUCCACUCACAGUCAAGAACUCCAUCCAAAAAAAGCAGGUUUUUGAGGAACACCACUGGCAGGAGCUGGAGAGAACUUUGGAACAACAGGUUCAUGGGGUGUUUCAUCAGUCAUCCAAAACAAAGUAGUUCCAGUCAGAACCAGAGGCAAGAUUUCAUACCUCAUGAUC